UUGUGUUUAUAUAUGUGAAGACCUUAUUCGUUGCGGGGACCGACACAUCGACAGAGACAACGGAGUGGGCGAUGUCGCUACUCCUAAACAAUCCUGAGGCACUGCAGAAGGCCAGGCUGGAGAUUGAUGCGUGUGUGAAGGAGAAGCGCUUGCUUGAAGAAAAUGAUCUCCCAAAGCUUCCUUAUCUUAAUGGGAUCAUCAAUGAAACACUUAGGUUGUGCUCUGCUGCCCCACUUCUAUUACCUCACGAGUCACAUGAAGAUUGUGUCGUGGGAGGCUACGACAUUCCACGUGGCACCAUACUAUUGGUCAACGCCCGGGCCAUUCACAGGGAUCCAAACGUAUGGGUGGAGCCCACCAAGUUCAUGCCAGAGAGAUUCUUGGAUGGUAGAGAGGAGGGUGGAAUGGCGCUUCCUUUCGGGAUGGGGAGGAGGAAGUGUCCAGGGGAAGGGCUUGCUAUGAGAGUGAUAGGGUUGGCGUUGGGGACCAUGAUCCAAUGUUUUGAGUGGAAAUGGGUGGGAGGAGGGGAGGUGGACAUGCGUGAAGGGAGUGCGGUGACGCUUCCAAAGGUUGUACCCCUUGAGGCGAUGUGUCGACCGCGUGAGAGAAUGAAAGAGGUUCUUGUGCGGCUUUGAACCAUUGAAAGUGGGUGCCUCCAAAUAAUUUAAGUAUUAGAUAGCUGCAACCUUGUAUGGAUAAGGAGGAGGUCAAGUCUAAAUGUCUAUUUCAUUUUCUCUAAUUUCCUUUUUAUGGAUUGAGAUGCAUCUGUUUGAGACGUCAGGUGGUUAAUUGGAGACUUUUCUUUUACUUUUAACAAUGCAAUACGCAAUUGGUUUCAACCUGUGUUAGUGGCAUGUUUGU